CGACAAUGUGUUGUUUACUUUGUCGUAGAAGUUUGAACUGAAAGAUGGAGUACCCUGCUGGAAUGGAAGAUUGUUGGGAUUCUGAUGAUGAUGAAAUCGUAUAUAAUUUUAAUAAUGAUCCGAUAAUAGAUUAUGAUUCUGGAAACGAAUUUAAAGAAGAUGCUCCUGAAUUUGGAAUUAAAUUUGAGGAGGGUGAAAUACCAAUGCGUGUAGAAUUAAACGUGAAGAAGAAUAGACCCGUAUUAUAUAACUUUGAUGAUGAUUACGUUCCAUUGGAUGAUUUAAGAAUUGCUUCUAAAAUAGGACACAUCGAUUGUGUAAAAUAUUUUAUAGAACGAGGCGUUCCAGUCGAUCAUGUACUGAAAGGAGGGUGGACUGCUUUGAUGUAUGCUUGUAAUUCUGGAGAAAAUGUUGUCGUUCAUUAUCUUCUCCAGAAUAAUGCUGAUCCGAAUUUUCAUAAGGAUUUAUUUACUCCGUUGAUGGCUGUGUGCGCUUCUGCUGUUGAAAAUGAAGAGAAAUUGUUUCAGUGUGCUAUACAAUUAUUAGAAAAAGGGGCCAAAGUUAAUGUCAAAGAUAAACACAAAAUGUCACCGUUGCAUUUUGCGAGUCGUGGAAAUCAUUAUCAAAUUAUGCAAAAACUGAUUGAAUAUGGAACAGAUAUUAAUGAGGUAGAUUAUAAAGGCUGGACUGCUUUGAUGUGGGCAAGUUUUUCUGGGUAUGAAAACAUAGUGAAAUUAUUAUUAGAUAAUAAAGCAAAUACUGUUCUAGUUGCAGAUAAUGGUGAAACUGCAAGUGAUCUAGCACGAUCUCGAAAUAACCAACUAGUGUUACAACUUUUAGGAGAAGACAUAUCCACAAUUAAAACAGAACCACAAAGAAUUGUUAAGUAUGAAGACUUGGAGACAUUUCUAAGUAAUUUAAAUUUUUCUGAUGUUAUUCCACUCUUUAAUGAUAGGAAUUUAACAUUUAAAGAUUUACUCAUAAUGAGAGAAAAAGAUUUAGAAGAUAUUGGUGUAAAGAAAGUAGGAGUUAGGAAAAGAAUUUUAAAAGGGAUUAAUACUGUACAUAGAGUAGAAUGGCAGACAUCCAGUCUACCACAAUUAGCAAAACAAAAUGCUAUUACCUGUUUUGAUUUUUUUACAGUAUUGACAAAUGCACAAAAACAUAUUUCAUACAUUGAAGCAACUGUUACUUAUCUUAGAAAAACAGUUCAAAAUUAUCCAAAAAUAUUGAAAAUACAAAACAAUCAGACAAGUCGUCAUCAUCUAAUUAAUGAAACUGAAUGUUGUUUGAAAAAUUUGCAACUUCUUUCCACGGAAUUAAAAACUUUUAGCAAACAUUUAGAUAAGAUAAAAGAUAAUGUUGAAUAUCACACUUCAGAUCUGAUUGAAAUCAUUCCACACAGAUGCAAGUCCUGGCAAUUUGCUUCUAAAAUUUUAGCUAUUGCAAUAAUUUCAACUAUAGGUAUUUGGUGGAAGUUUCCACUGUUCAUCAAGUUUUUUCAAAAUAUUAAAAUUAAACAGUGAUUUAAAAAAGAAUAAAACUCAAGACUCAGGAAAACUUGUACUUUAAUGUAGUAUCAUACUAAAUUACUUAAGUUUUGUAAUUGUUUAGUUAUUGUAUUAAUAUUUGAUACAGUAUUUUUGUACUACAGUAAGUUUAUUAUUGUUAUUAAGAUAAUUUUCCUAUUUCAGUAUUACUUAUAUUGUAAAUAUUUUGAGAAUUCUUUUUUAAAUAAAUUUUUGUCAUGUUUCAUAGAAAAAAAUUCUUAAAUAAUGAGACAAAUUUCACC